CGUCCUCAAAGUUCCUAAUUCGGUAACACACAGGAUCCAAAUUCCAAAAUCAGCCGAAAAGACAAAUAUACAAAACAUAAGGAGACUGGGCGACUACGCUAGCGUCUCUACAAGUAGUCGUCGGAGCUCCGAGGAACUGAAAUGCUCGGCCUCCGCCUCCGCACCAUGUCCGGCGCAACGGCCGCCAUGUUAUCUUCAACAUCAUCCUCCUCGUCGUCCUUCCUACUCGCCAAAAACCGCUCCGUGCCCUCCUCUGCCAAGCCCAACCUUUCCAAUGGCGUUUUCGUCAAUAACCGCAUCUGCUUCCCCGAUAAUCAGUUCGCCAAAGCCUCCCUCCGUUGCUUCGCAUCUUCAACCGCCUUCGACAAAGUCCAGGUUCUGAAUCCCGUCGUCGAAAUGGACGGCGAUGAGAUGGCUAGAAUUAUAUGGACAACGAUCAAAGAGAAACUUAUUUUUCCAUACUUGGAUUUAGAUAUAAAGUAUUUCGAUCUAGGGAUAUUGAAUCGCGAUGCAACUGAUGAUAAAGUCACAGUAGAAAGUGCUGAAGCCACUCUCAAGUACAAUGUUGCCGUGAAAUGUGCUACAAUCACUCCUGAUGAGACCAGAGUCAAGGAGUUUGGAUUAAAGUCUAUGUGGAGGAGUCCUAAUGGCACAAUCAGAAAUAUAUUAAAUGGUACUGUUUUCCGGGAACCUAUCUUAUGCCAGAACAUUCCCAGAAUAGUUACUGGUUGGAAGAAACCCAUCUGUAUUGGGAGGCAUGCCUUCGGAGAUCAAUAUCGUGCCACUGAUACCGUCAUUAGAGGGCCUGGAAAGCUCAAAAUGGUUUUUGUUCCAGAAAGUGGUGAAACCCCCGUGGAACUUGAUGUUUAUGAUUUUAAGGGACCUGGUAUUGGACUUGCUAUGUACAAUGUUGAUGAGUCUAUUAGAGCUUUUGCCGAAUCAUCAAUGUCACUGGCUUUUGCAAAGAAAUGGCCCCUUUACUUGAGCACAAAAAAUACAAUUCUCAAGAAAUAUGAUGGCAGGUUUAAGGACAUAUUUCAGGAGGCAUAUGAGGAGAAGUGGAAGCAGAAGUUUGAGGAGCAUUCAAUAUGGUAUGAACAUCGAUUAAUUGAUGACAUGGUGGCAUAUGUAAUAAAAAGUGAAGGUGGAUAUGUUUGGGCUUGCAAAAACUAUGAUGGAGAUGUGCAGAGUGACUUACUUGCUCAAGGAUUUGGUUCAUUGGGCCUGAUGAGUUCUGUAUUGUUAUCCUCCGAUGGGAAGACACUUGAAUCUGAGGCAGCUCAUGGCACUAUAACUCGCCAUUACCGGCUACAUCAGAGGGGACAAGAAACAAGCACAAACAGUAUUGCUUCUGUAUUUGCCUGGUCACGUGGAUUAGAACAUAGGGCUAAACUUGACAACAACAAAAGGUUGUUGGAUUUUGUUCACAAGCUAGAGGCUGCAUGCAUUGAGACUGUUGAGUCGGGGAAAAUGACAAAGGAUCUUGCUCUUUUGGUGCAUGGGCCUAAGGUAACCAGGGAGUUCUACUUGAACACGGAAGAGUUCAUCGAUGCAGUUGCCCAGGAUUUGAACUCAAAGCUACGCAUGCCUGCUGUCGUUUGAACUGUAAUGCAGUAGUUGUUGACAUGGGCCAGUCACUCAGGUAAGGCCCUGAAAUGGGUGUAUUUUGGGAGGGGGUGUGUGCACACUGGGUUCACUGAGAAUGAGAAUAAUAAUGCACAUCAAACUUGAAAACCUCUGCAGACCAGCUAAAUUUGAGCAUUGAAAGAAAGCGUUGUGAAAUGGGCUUUAGCAAGGGCAAGGGCAAGGGCGUUCUCCCUUGGUAAAGUACCCAUGAUCGCAAGGUCUUUUUAACUUUGAAGGGUGAAGUGUUUGGUCAUUUAAUAAAAGACGGUGGCAAAGGUCUUUCACUGCCUGCUUCAAGAGAUUCUAUUCUAUUAAUUGGAAAUACGAAGCCCACAAACUCAGCUCACAAAUUUCACUCACCACCUGACAUGACUUCAUAAUAAAAUUAAUUAAUAAACAUAUCGUUCACGAUAUAUUAUUAUUAGUGCGAA